AUGGGUGGGUACCAGGCAAUGGGUGGGUACCAGGUAAUGGGUGGGUACGAGGUAAUGGGUGGGUACCAGGCAAUGGGUGGGUACCAGGUAAUGGGUGGGUACCAGGCAAUGGGUAACCGCAUCUCCAGCUGGUUGACGUCUACAGGAGCGGCGAUAGUGAGUGGUGCAGGGAGUAACGUGACGGUGUGGAGCAGUCAGCAGGUCCUGGUCAUGUUCCUCAACUCUUUGUGUGGUACUAGUGCUGGCAGGGUGCUCCUGGACGACGAGCAAGGGCGUGAGGACCUUCUCAGAACCUUUGGGGUUCUGGCCAACCCCGUCACCGUGUUCUGUAGACGAGCCAACACCUUCCUCACCACAACAGGUUCCACCAUCAUGCAGGGAGCCAGUUCAACACCUGCCAACCUGACGUCAGCGCAGGUGUUGAUUAGUGUGCUGAGAGCCGCGUGUCAGAUCACCAGGGGAGCUGACAGUGUCAGCCGUUGAGAGGUUCCUGCAGCAUCACCACAAUUACAACAAUUUUCCCUUCAACUGUUGUGGGCCAGCGAGAGGCGAGAGGACCGCUCACCAAAAUCCUUGUAAGCAUCGGGAGAAUAAGAUUUAAAAGAAUAAUAAACAAUUCACACCUUAA